AUGACUGAACAUUCUAUACGUAAUAGCUACAGUCACCAAUUUGCAUCGCGUCAGCCUACUACGAUUGAGAAACGUGACACCAUCAUCGGCAAUAAACAGAGCAAAAGCUCAUCGCUUUGGAAAAACAAGCAUGACACGGCUUUUAAAGGACAAAAAAAAUCUGUGCAGGCACAAAAGACGCUGAUUGACGCUCUGAAGCAGCAUGGAAUGCGGUUGUGUGAUGGCGCGAGAUUGAAUGCGGUUGGUAAAGGUAUCCACUUGUUGGGUUAUGUGCCCCCGACAGUAUCCGCGUCCAUCACGGCGCUGUAUCUAAGCCAAAACAACUUGCGAUCCCUGGAAGGAAUUGAUCAAUUUGCAGCAGUGCGACUUCUGUCAAUUGGUGGAAACUUGAUUUCGUCCGACAUGGAGGUGGAGAGAUUGACUGAGCUCGCGCAGCUUCGAAAUUUGAACCUGAUGGGAAAUCCUGUAUGUGACCUGCCGAAUUACAGAUUGCGAGCAAUCGCAAUACUUACAAAGUUGCAAGUGCUGGAUAAUGCAGAUGUCACCAAGAAGGAGCGGGCUCUAGCACCUGAUAUCGCAGCACAGGACCACGCUCUCAGAUCCAUGGUCACGCAGAACCAUUUCAACAUUCAAAAGCUGCAACGGAUCGCACAGUUGAUUUCUCUUCAUAAAUCUUUCUAUGCGUAUGUUAUGGCGGGCAUUGCUACUGGAAAAUUUGACCGUGUACCAAAUCCAAAAGAUGUUGCGUGCAAUAUUCCGCUGUUGUUGCGCUUGUGGAAGUACGAAGAUACAAUGUCGAGAGAAGAACAAGAGUCUUUGGAGAUACAAAUGCUUACCAUUGUCAUGCGAACCCACGCCAGAUUAGCUGAGAAUCCGAAAGAAAAGGCUAAGGACUACUUGCGUAAGCUGGCGAGCGGGUCUUUGUCGCAGCUUUCGGACGACUUGAAGCAGCACUGUCUCUCAUGGGAAGAAGCUUACACCAAUGUUAUUACAUUGCAGCAAAAAACUACUGCAAAUUUGCUAGCCAUCUGUGAAAAGAAUCGCAGUCAGAUGGUGAAUUAUCUAAAGGAGCUGUUAGCUACGGAUCCAAUACAGCGUAACGAAACAGCAGACUGUCGAAGAAGAGAGCAAAACGAGGUUGACUCUGAAGUGAAGCCGUUUUGGAGUAAAACUCAAAAUCAAGGGCGUAUGUGGUUAGACUCACGCUCUAGUGAGCGUUUGUACCCUCACAAUGACAGGAAUACUUUGCACUCCAAUCAUCGUCAGCUUCCACCUCAACAGAUAGAUCCCGAAACUAGAAACAGGCAGUCACUGCACUCACAUUUGAGCGGUCUGUCUGCAUCAUCCGUGCAAAAGAAUAACCAAGUGUAUGCGGACUCAGAUUUUCACGAUUUAGAGAUAUCAGUACCGCCUGCAAGAGAGCUCAGAUCAAGUCUUCGCGGUGGAGAUUUCGCGAACAAAUCUCUUGGUGAGGCUAUUCAUGAUUUCAAGCUGAGAGACUCAGCACCUAGAAUGCGAGGCUUACAACAACCGUGCAAGAUUCGCCGGACGAACUUCAGCCAGCAACAAGUCGACAUCUCAUUGCCUCAGAGACUUAGUUCAGAGCAAUUUCCUAGCGAACGACAAAAUUGCUCGGCUCGGUUGCAGAAACGCGGUCACAAGUUGAACCUAAGUUAUUGCAAUACUGACGUUGUCUCCGACUUUAAUGAUGGCGAGCUAACUCCCAGCACCCCAAGUAAUCUGGAUUUGAAAAGCACCAGCGCGAGCAGCCGCGCACCGAUAUCGCCUGUACGAAAUGAGGGUGUGCCUAGCGAUGAGACAAGUGUACCGCUUGCCAAGAUAUCAUUAAAGUCUCAUGCUCAUGCACAAUGUGCUAGUGGAAGUGAGCCCAUACUGUCACCACGGCGACCUUAUCUUAAUUACGAUGAACAGUUAGAUGAAUCAGAUCACCUGGAGCCGGUCACAGCUCUUCAUGACGGUCGUUUUCAGGAACUCGAGCAGCGAGAAGAAAAGUAUAUACGGGCUUUGAUGCAGUCGGAGCAGCGAGAGCUAGACCUACGAAACAAUCUUUCGAAUGUGCAGCGAAAACUACAUUCAUAUCAACAAACACUCGCUCAACAAUUGCACGAGCGUGAGACAAUCAAAGACGAGAUGGCUCAACGUACAGUAUCCAUAGCAACACCAAAGAUCCUAAAGCGAUAUUUCGUUCGAUGGAUCCACUAUUGCAACUGGUCACACCAAAUUUGCCAUAUACGAAGGAAACGCUGCUUUAUUGUACAGCAUGAUCGAUUUUGGCAAUGGAGACGUAAAGUAUGGAGGCAGCAGGAAGUAAGACAUUGCUUGAGGAGGCGGCAGCGUAAAUUGCAAAAAUCAAUCUUCAUUGAGUGGAUCAAUUGUACUAGAAUUACUGUGAUUGCAAAGAGGAAUCAAUUAGUUCGCGAGACGCAGUUUCUUAAUCGAGUGUUUCAAGCUUGGAUCUAUGGAGCUGCUUUCUUACAAAAUAAAAGGGUAGCUUCAAGAAAACAGCAAGUUCGUUUCGCUAACCAAUGUCAAUGUUCGUGUUUUCGUGAAUGGAAACGCACAACCAGAAUCAAGCGAGCGCUUGAAAGGAUGCAACAUUUGCGGUGGCAGGAUUUACGGCGCAUUUCUGCACAAACUGUUUUUUGGAAUUGGAAAUUAUAUCUUUUUUCGAUAGCACGACUUCUCCAACACCGAGCAACCCAAUUCAAAACUCGAAUACAAUUUCGACAGAAACGCCUGCACUUCCAAGAAUGGCACAAGUUAAGAAUCAUUGAUAAGGUACACAAUAUUCGAUUGCGUCGACGAAUGUGGACACGUUGGGUGACGUGGCGUCGGCAUGUUCAAACUGCUGAAAAUGGUGUACAUAAAGCAAAGCUUGGCAUAAAGAACGCUUAUUUUUGUGCGUGGCAACUCACCGCGUCCGAACAAGCCACGUCAAGGCGAUCUCUGAAUUUGGCGAAGCGAUAUGUAAACCGUAGGCGUCUUCGAAAACUUUGGACAUACUGGAAAUAUUUCUCCAUGGCCAAGCGAAAGUAUACGCAAAACUCGACGAAAGCGUUUAAGCAUUACUUUAUUCGACUCUUACGCGCUUCGUGGGGUGCAUGGAAAGCUCAAGCACAGUUUAAUCUGCAAAAUGCCAAGACUAGCAAGUACGGGGCACUUGAACGCCACUUUGACGCUUUCCUAACCGGAAUCAGACUAGUAAGAGUACAACAAGCGCGUAAAAAGAUGAUUAUGCAUGCAAAAGCGCUGCAAACAGCAUGCCCAGACUGUAACAUCUCACAGAAAUUGGACGGUAUCUCGUGUAGUCUGGCGACGGUGGAGGACGAUAUAUGA